AUGGAUUCGAAGAUGUACGACGUCGAUAAAAUCAGGAAGAAGGAGUAUCCCGCUCUAAAUGGUAUGGAGAAUUUGGUCUGUCUGUCAACAGCGGAAACUCACCAUCUUUUUCUAGAGACAUGCUAUCUCGACUACGCGGGUACGACUCCGUACGCCAGGUCGUUGGUCGACAGGGCUGCUGCAGAUCUGAAAGCGUCGCUGUACGGGAAUCCGCACUCGAAUUCAGCAUCUUCACUUCGUGCAACAGAAAAGGUCGAGCGUGUUCGACGGCGAGUGUUGGAUUUCUUUCGCGCCGAUCCCGCCCACUUCGAUGUCAUCGUCGUCGCCAAUGCUACUGCUGCCAUAAAGCUGGUUGGAUAUAGCUUCCAAGACUAUGCUUCGGCCGGCGGGUUCUGGUACGGGUAUCACUCCGAUUCGCAUACAAGUUUGGUCGGUCUCAGGGAACUAGCACGCUCUGGCUAUCAUUGCUUUCGCUCUGAUAAUGAAGUGGAGAAGUGGCUUAAAGGGACAACGAUGGAUUUGGUUGGAGAUGACGAAAGGCCCUCGUCGCUGGCUGCAGACAAGACUGUUCGACUCCUGGCAUAUCCAGCCCAGUCAAACCUCAACGGACGUCGUCUACAAAACGACUGGCCGCUCCGAGUUCGCCAACUCGUUAAAGAGACCGGACAAAAGAUAUUCACACUCUUGGAUGCGGCCGCUUUUGUAUCAACAGCGCAGCUUGAUCUGUCGGAUGUGGAGACGGCGCCGGAUUUCACGGCACUCAGUUUCUACAAGAUCUUCGGUUUGCCGGACCUUGGUGCGUUGAUCGUACGCAAGGAAUCGGGCGACAUCUUGCUCUCGAGACGAUACUUUGGCGGAGGCACGGUGGACAUGGUCAUCGCGUACGGCAGAUGGCAUGCACGAAAGACGGAAAGCCUGCAUGACGUUCUGGAGGACGGGACAGUGCCGUUCCACAGCUUGACCACGCUCGACUCCGCCAUUAGUGUGCAUGAGUCUCUGUUCUCCUCGAUGGCAAUGAUAUCAAUGCACGUUACAUUGCUGUCGCAGGAAUUAUACGCAGGCUUGUCACAGCUCCGGCAUGCAAAUGGCCGUUCGGUGUGCCACAUCUACAAGGGAAUCGGCAGCACUUACGGCGAUAGUGCAACUCAAGGACCGACAGUGGCGUUCAAUAUACGCCGCGGAAACGGCGCAUGGAUUCCGGUGGAACAUUUUGAAGCCCUCGCAAACGCAUGCAACAUUCAGAUCCGCACUGGUGGAGUGUGCAACCCCGGCGGGAUCGCGGAGAACCUGCAGUUGCAACCGUGGGAGAUGCGCAGGAACUUCUUCGAGGGCUUUCGCUGUGGCCAUCCGUUCAAGAUCCGCGCUGGAAAGCCCACUGGAGUCAUCCGGGCAAGUCUGGGAGCCAUGUCGAACAGAGCUGACGUCGAGACGUUUGUCUCUUUUGUUCGGAAAUUCUUUGUCGAUGCAGACACCAAGGAAAACUAUUCCUGUUCGACCACGUCCCAACGCGAACAUGAUUCAUGGACGGUGCAGAGACUGCGAAUAUACCCUAUCAGACACGGUCCAGGCUGGGAUGUGCCCUGGGAUCAGGAUUGGGAAGUCGAAGAGAGACGUCUCGCAUUUGAUGGGGAGUGGUGUGUAUUAGACGAUGUGCAGGGAAAAGUGAUUACGGAUCCGACGCUCACAACACGAUUGCACCCUGAAUUACGUCUCAAGGAAGGGAUUCUUCGAAUUUCAUGGCCUCAGACAACAAAUCGUCUGGACAUUAAUCUGUGGGACUCACCUACAGGCGACUGGGUCGUUGGCUCGCUGGAGACGACGACAAAGUCGACUCGAAGGAUUGCCAGAAGAUAUGUGUCUGAGGACAUUUCAAAGUUCCUGUCUUCUGUACUUGGACGAUCAUGCACACUGGCACGCUACUCUGACUUUGGCAUCAAUGAUGUUCUUCCGGUGUCUGUGGGAGAUGAUUUCAGUCCGAAGCAUAGUGCCGUGGACCAGGGUAUAAAGAUACAAUUCUGUUCAUGGGGCGCUGAGAAGCUCUCCCCUCCAGAUUCGUCAGAAUCAAAUAUCUUACUGCUGUCAUCAAAAGGGAGGAACCCCACGAAAGGCCCUCGGGAAAUGCAGUACCUUCAAAUCGGGACGCAAAAGUUUACCUCUAUUGUAUCUGAGCACUCACAGAAACAGGCCUUACUGUCACCAGAACCGCCGAUCAUUCUAUUCCGACGGCUUCCUGACAGUCAGGAAUCCGUCGUCUCGCAGAACACGGUUGUACAGGUGGGCGACCAAGCUGAAGCUUUCGACCAGAAGGGGAAUCAAUUUCCAGAAGUCGAAGAUUCCACCUCGUUUCUGUUCUGUCCUGUUUCGGGCUGUCCUGAGAAACGGCCAUGUUAUGAGUCCCUGACCCAACACUUGAAGAAUCACGCGGAAGAAUUCCUGAGAUCAAGGCAGAGGAAGAAGACGUGGAAACAGAGACUCUUUCGUUGUCGUCACUGA